AGCCACUCCACAAUCCACAUCUGACACCAACCACAGAAAAAUCACAAAAAGGCCAAAAUGGUAAUUUCAUAAUAUUCAACUCCUAUAAACCUCAGUUGUCAGUUUGCCACCACCACACCAGACCACACCACACCACCCAUCUCUAUCCUCUUCCUCUACUUUCAUCACCAUCUUCUUCGUCUUCUCCGAUCUCUGCCAAUGGAACCAGUGAACGACUGGGGCAACUCUCCCCUGGUGACCGUGGACCCAGAGAUCCACGAUCUCAUCGAGAAGGAGAAACGCCGCCAAUGCCGAGGGAUCGAGCUCAUUGCCUCCGAAAACUUCACUUCCUUCGCUGUCAUAGAGGCUCUGGGCAGUGCCUUAACCAACAAGUACUCUGAGGGCAUGCCCGGCAAUCGCUACUACGGCGGCAACGAGUUCAUCGACGAGAUCGAGAACCUCUGCCGAUCACGUGCCCUCCAGGCCUUCCACCUCGACGCCGCCAAAUGGGGCGUCAACGUGCAGCCAUACUCCGGUUCUCCGGCCAACUUCGCCGCCUACACGGCGGUGCUCCAGCCCCAUGACCGCAUCAUGGGAUUGGACCUUCCCUCCGGCGGCCACCUCACCCAUGGCUACUACACUUCUGGCGGGAAGAAGAUCUCCGCGACCUCGAUUUACUUCGAGAGUCUGCCUUACAAGGUCAAUUCCACAACUGGGUUCAUUGAUUAUGACAAGUUGGAGGAGAAGGCCUUGGAUUUCAGGCCCAGGUUGAUCAUUUGCGGUGGGAGUGCGUACCCGAGAGACUGGGAUUAUGCAAGGUUUCGCGCUGUUGCGGAUAAGUGUGGUGCGCUUUUGCUCUGUGACAUGGCUCACAUUAGUGGCCUUGUUGCUGCUCAGGAAGCUGCAAAUCCCUUUGAGUACUGUGACAUUGUCACAACCACAACCCACAAGAGCUUGAGGGGUCCUAGGGCUGGUAUGAUCUUCUACAGGAAGGGACCUAAACCACCCAAGAAGGGCCAACCCGAGGAUGCAGUCUACGACUUUGAAGACAAGAUCAACUUUGCUGUUUUCCCCUCCCUUCAGGGUGGUCCUCAUAAUCACCAGAUUGGUGCCCUAGCUGUUGCUCUUAAGCAGGCCAUGUCACCAGGGUUCAAGACCUAUGCUAAACAAGUCAAGGCCAAUGCUGUUGCCCUUGGAAACUACCUGAUAAGCAAGGAUUACAACCUUGUCACAGGAGGAACAGAGAACCACCUUGUUCUGUGGGAUCUCAGGCCACUUGGGUUGACUGGCAAUAAGGUUGAGAAGCUUUGUGACCUAUGCAACAUUACCGUGAACAAGAAUGCUGUUUUUGGUGACAGCAGCGCCUUGUCUCCUGGAGGAGUAAGAAUUGGUGCUCCGGCCAUGACUUCAAGAGGUUUGGUUGAGAAGGACUUCGAGAAGAUCGGGGAGUUCCUUCACAGGGCUGUAAGUCUCACCUUGAAAAUCCAGAAGGAGCAUGGGAAACUACUGAAGGACUUCAACAAGGGUUUGGUGAACAACAAGGACAUUGAAGAACUCAAGGCUGAUGUUGAAAAGUUCUCAGCCUCAUUUGAGAUGCCCGGUUUCGUCAUGUCCGAAAUGAAGUACAAGGAUUAGGCUUAGGUAACCAAUAUUUUUAUAAUUUUCACAAAUAUUUCUGGGUGUCACCUCACUUUGUGUUGAUCAGAAAAGGAAAGGAGAAAAAAGCCUCGUCUUGUUUUCAUGUCAUAGAUCAGCUGUUUGUUUUUGGUUUUUCCCAAUAUCCUUUUACAAGUUUCGAUGUAAUGUGUUACGAGUUUGAGAUAAAAUCCUCUCAGUAACUAAAUGCGUUACUUCUGUAUUCUCUUGUUCAUCUACAAAUAAACAAUGAAUUCUUAUUUUAUUAAAUUUUUGGGUAGUGAAAGAUGA